AUGACUGAAGUAAAAGGAACGAAAGCUUUGGAGUUGUGGUGUAAACGUUUAGUAAAAGACUGUCCUGAAGUCCAAAUAGAUAACAUGACAACAUCUUGGAGGAAUGGUAUGGCAUUCUGUGCUCUUGUCCACCACUUUAGACCAGACUUGAUAGACAUAUCAAAGUUGAAACCUGAAAAUAUAUAUGAGAAUAAUCAGUUAGCUUACAGCAUUGCAGAAAAAUAUUUAGGAAUUCCAUCUCUUUUAGAUCCAGAAGAUAUGGUAGAGAAUGAAAUACCAGAUAGGCUAUCUAUAUUAACAUAUUUAUCUCAAUUUUAUCAGCGACUUGGUCAUACAGUAAAUACAAAAGUAUCAGAGAGUGAAUCGAAAGCAACAUCGUCACCAUCAAGUCAUGGAUCUACUCCCAUAAAAUUUGGAAAAGUGGCUCUUGACAAGUGUGCCAUCUGUAGUUUGCCAGUAUAUCUGGCCCAGCGGCUCAUGGUUUCACAAAAGCUCUAUCACAGGAGAUGCUUCCGUUGUUCUAAAUGUAUGGGGCAUUUAAAUCCAAAAAAUUAUCAUGUUAUUGAUACAAAUAACUUUUCUUGUGAUUCAUGCAAAAAUGAAAAAUCUCUACCUAAAUUUAAUAACAAUAAUCAAAUAGGAAUGCUGGCAUUUAAUAGUGAUAUGAGCUCUGGCCCAUCAAUACAAAUUGAACAGCCUGUUGAACAAAAAGUUAAGUCAAGGCCUCAAUCAAUAUUAGAAAAAAUAAAUCUUUUUGAAAAAAACAUAGAAAGAGAUACAAAUAUUGAAGACAAAGUAGCUAGUAUUAGUUUAAAAGAAAAUUUUAAUGAAAUGUAUAAAGAUGAAUAUAAAUUAAGUGACAUUGAUAAGCCAAGUAAGAUAAAUCAAAGUAUUGAAAUAAUUAGUAAAGAUGUAAAUAGACAAGAAACAGAUAGCCUUUUAAAUAAUCAAAAUAUGUAUAAAAAUAUCCCAGAGAAAGUUUAUAAGACCAAUAAAGAUAAAUUCAUUUUUUUACAAACACAAUUAAAUGAUGAUACAUUAGACGUUGAUAAUGCUUUAAAUGAAAUGGUGGAGCCUGCACACAAAGACAAUGACAGUAUCAAAAGUGGUUCUGUUGUUCAAGACAACAGUAGCUUAUCUACAUAUAAAGAGGAUGAUGAUAAUAUAACAGAUGACAGCCGAAUUGCUUUAGAAAAUGGCGUCACAUCAAAUAUAGAUAGUUCAAUGUUUAGUGAGGAUAAAAAUAAACAAGAAAUCACUAUAACUGUACCACCUAGACGAAGAAAACAUUUAAUUGAAAAGAAAACAGAUAUAGCUAAGAAAGAAGCAUUAUCUGUACCAAAAAAAGAAUACCCCGUUCACUUAAACCCAUUUUCAGAUGAUGAAGACGAGCAUGAACAGGAAGAGCCUACAAAAACCAGCACAAAUCCCUUCGGGAGUAGUGAUGAAGACGAUGAAGUUCCUCCAAUUCCACUUAAAGUGUCCGGUGAACAAACAUCUACACCAUUAAAACGCCACAUUAAAGCAUAUAAUCCUUUUUGGUCUGAUGGUGAAGAACCAUCAUCUGAUCAAGAAUCGAGAAGUAACAGCUCAAACAUGCACAAGUCCCCAAUAACGUCAAGUACGCCCAACUUGCCCUCGAGCACGCCGCGGCGCAGGAAGCCCAAGGCGCCUCCCCCGCCCAUAGAGGAACACCUGGACCUCCCCUCGACGUCCAUGGACGACGUGGCCAGUAUAUCCUCAUUCAGCUCACACACCUCUACCGUACAUUCAGAUCAGAAAUCAUUCGGGAAAUCAACACCUAAACUAAGGAAAAGACGCCCCGCGCCCACUCCUCCGGACAGUCUCUCGACUGUGUCUGGCUGCGGAGGGUCCGUAGAGAAGGGGAUCGAUUCAUUAGGAACCCGGAACGUGUCUGAUGGUGUACGUCGUGUAAAGGGCCCCGCCCCAGGUCUUCCGCUUCCAGAGAGAAGAGAAGUCAAAAUGCAGAUGUCCGUACAAGAGUUGCAGGUGCAACUUGAUCUUCUGGAAACCCAGCAGUUGGGUCUCGAGCGUCAGGGCGUUCUCAUAGAGCAGAUGAUACGGGACAAGUGUGAGGGUGACGACGGACCGACCGCGCCUCAGGAGGAAAUCGAAGAUCUUGUCAUACAACUAUGUGAACUGGUCAACGAGAAAAAUGACCUGUUCAGGAAACAGACAGAACUAAUGUAUAUACGGCGACAACAAAGACUGGAGCAAGAACAAGCGGACAUAGAACAUGAAAUUCGGAUAAUACAAUCGCAACCCGCCGUAAAUCGCAUCGACGCCGAUAAGGUGCGCGAGGAGCAGCUGGUGACGCGGCUGGUGGAGAUCGUGCGGCUGCGCGACGAGCUCGUGCAGCAGCUGGACGCCGAGCGCCGCCGCGAGCGGCAGGAGGACCUCGCCAUCGCCGCCUCCAUCGCUUCCAAGAGAGCCCAAAGGCACAGCGAGUCGAACAGUUCAUCAAUGAAGUCGGCCGACGCAAUCACACCCGUCAAAAAGAACAAAGUAAAGGACAAAGUUAAGAAACAAUUGAAAAAAGCAAAACACACACUUAUUUCCAAGAAAAAAGACGAAGAAAAAACAGACAAGGAGAAAAAACCGAAA